AUGCCUCUUUUCAAAAAUUGCGUGACAUGUGAUUUGUGUAUCAAUUUCGAUAAGGACGAAGUCUGCAUUUGUGACAAAUGCUGUCUGUUAUAUCACUCGCAAUGUUCAGGGCUUUCCCGCUCUGAUAUUCAGCUGUUGUUAACCAGUUCAAAGCAGCGCCCAGCUUUUCAUUGCAACAAAUGCAUCUCUGAAAAAGCGCAGAUGUCCGACUUACUAAAAACUAUUUCGGAUCUACAAGCGGAAUUGCACCACCUGAAGCAGGCCAAAGAAGAAAAAUCUCUCCUUAUUGAUGAUGUAGUCAACGAAAUUAAUGAUAGGAAAAGGCGUGAAAAUAAUAUCAUUAUUUAUGGGCUUGAGGAAUCAUCUAAUGAUAGUCCACAGGUUAAAGAGAUACUUAAGGUAGUUGCUCCCAGUAUAUGUACGGAUGACAUCGGUAUCAUCAGGUUGGGAAAAUCCGGUCGUAACAGACCUCCACCUGUCAAGGUUGUAUUGCAUAAAAAGGACGAUGUGCUUGUCGUGUUGAGGAAUAAGAGGAAUUUAAAAACCACGCAUUCAAAUAUCGCAAUUUCUACAGACAAUACGAAAGUCCAGCAGGAACAUUUUAGAAGAGUGCGCGCCGAACUUGAGCAAAGGAAAAUGAAGGGCCAUGUUAACAUAAGAUCAAUCAGGAAGAAUUUUUUAAGUUUAAAGGAUUAUAUAAUAGACAAUGAUUCGGAUAUUAUUGGUGUUUCUGAAACUUUUCUUGACGCAAGUUACGUUGAUAAAUAUUUAAAUAUAAACAAUUACAAUUUAGUCAGAUCGGAUCGCUUAACUUUUGGUGGAGGGGUUGCUAUUUAUUUAAAGUCGUCUUAUACCUUUCAAGUAAUUCCAUUUGACGACAAUUAUGAAUCGAUUGAUCAUUUAUGGUUGAUGGUUACAAUUAAUAAAUUGAAAGUGGUCAUUGGAGUCAUUUACGUACAGCCGAGUGCAAAUAUUCAAUUUUUUAACGAUCUAACACUUAUUAUCGAACAGAUCUAUCUUAGAUCACAAUUGAUAAUCUUAAUGGGGGAUCUAAAUGUUAAUCUGUUGUGCAAACAUGCUAGUGAAAGUAAAAGACUAUUGUCACUGUUUUCCAAUUUCGAUUUAGUGCAAUUAAUCAAUGAACCGACAAGAAUUACUCCUAAAACUGCUUCAUUGCUUGAUGUUAUUUGUGUAACUAAUAGUUUUACUAUAAAUUCAAGUGGAACAUUCGAUUUACUUAACAAUACAGACCAUUUGCUAACUUUUUGUAACAUUGGUGUUUCUUCCAAGGUAAAACAAUCACACAACUUCACCUUCAGAAAUUUUAAGAAGAUUGAUAUUGACUCUUUUGUUCUUGAUGCUGAACGCAUUAACUGGCAACUGAUUGAUCAGUGCGAGGACCUCAAUAAAGGUGCUAAAAUGCUUAAUGAUUUUAUUCUUGAGUUGUUCGAUCUACACGCUCCUUUUAUCAAAAUUACGCCAAGGAAAAAUUAUAAGCCCUACAUCACCCAUAACAUUAUUGAAAUGAUUCGAUUAAGAAACAAGGCACACAGGAUUUUUUUAAAGAAAAGAACUGAAGCAAGUCGGCAAUAUUACUGCGAGAUAAGAAAUUAUGUUAAGUCAGCGAUAACUCGUGAAAAGAAGGCAUUUGUGCAAUACAUGUUGAAUUCCAACAAAAGUAAUUCGAGAAAAGUGUGGUAUCACUUGCAACAGUUGGGUGUACGUACAAAGAAGAGUGCUACAAACGAGAUACCUGCAUCUUUACAAGACCCCGCGACCAUGAAUGAGUACUUUUUAAAUAUUGCUGGUGAUUCAACAAUCGAUUUGAAUUUGAUUCAGUUUUUCAAUAGCACGGUGAGGUGUAAAAAUGCAUCUUUCACUUUUAAUUCGAUUACCGAGCAAGAUAUAUAUAGCGCGUUAAAAAACAUUUCGUCGAAAGCCUUUGGGCCAGAUAAUCUCAACAUAACCAUGAUAAUUCUAAUCAUUCCGCACUGUUUGGAUUCGGUUCUAAAGUUGUUUAAUAAUUGCUUACGUGAUGGCAUUUUUCCACAAAUUUGGAAGAUCGCUGAUAUCUUACCUCUAGCUAAAGUCGCAAAUCCCACAACUUACAACGACCUACGGCCUAUAUCUUUACUGUCGCCAUUUGCGAAAAUCUUUGAAAAAAUACUUGCUGCACAAAUUACAAAGUAUUUGGAACAUUACAGCAUCAUACCUGCAAACCAAUCUGCUUAUAGAAAAAAAUACGUUAUGAUAAGUCGCUAUGUACCUACCAUUUUAAUUCUACUCGACCAAAGCAGAGCAUUCGAUUUGGUAAACCAUCAGUUGCUUGUAGCCAAAUUGCGGCAUCUAGGAUUCGACAAUAGCAGUUUAACAUGGUUUCAAGCUUAUCUGAACGAUCGUUUUCAAAGAGUUAGUCUUUCAAGUGCAUCGUCAAGUUAUAUGAAGAUUGAUAGGGGUGUUCCGCAAGGAAGCGUGCUCGGUCCCUUACUUUUUUCAGUGUUUACCUACGACUCACCUACAUGUCUUCAACACCUUCAAUAUCAUCUUUAUGCUGAUGAUCUACAGCUAUACAUGGAAUGUAAUGAAUCGAAUGUGGAAGAUCUUCUCAACAUGCAAACGUGGUGUGAAAAGAACGGCUUAAAAUUAAAUCCCAUGAAAUCUACAGCCAUUUGUGUCGGUCCCGAACGAAAGUCAGACAUUGUGUGUAGUUUCCAAUUAACUCUUAUGAACGAUUCCAUUACAUGGUCUAAUAGUGUUAAAAAUUUGGGUCUUACAUUAGAUACUAGGUUAAGUUUUAGUCAACAUAGAGCAUGUUACGCCCUAUUACCAGAAACUGAACGAGUUGAAAAUUAA